AUGUCUAGCAAUUACGAGUACAUGCCUCUUAUGAAUGGCAACCGUGCAUACAUUCGCGUUGAUGGUGCUGAUACAGGCAGCUACAAGACAAAUGGUAAGACAACACUUGUUGCAAGAGUUGGUCCAAGAAAUAACUUCAUGAACCACGCAGCCGAGUUCUCAGAAAAGGGAUUCCCAACACAGACAUGGGAAUUCAAGUACAACGAUCCAUCAAGAUCUUCAUUCGUCGUUGUUCUCUUCAAGAAGCACAUUUUCGGUGGCGACGAAGAGAUCGGUGAAGUUGAGCUUCGCCUUUCAGCAUUCGAACCAAAUACAGUUGUUUCUCAAGAAUUCACACUCUUGAGCCCACGCAACCAGUCAGUUCCAGCUCAUGUCAAGCUUUCAGUCCAUCUUUCAGAAGAUGGCAGCUGCCCAUUCUGCGCUCCAUUUGGAGGAAAGCUUAUGGCUAAUGCUGAAAUCCCACACAAGAAGACAUACUUCCAUUAA